AUGGCCAGUAACUAUGAAAGUGAAGACUCAUAUGACAGUGAUGACUCAUAUGAUGAAAUUGAAGAAAAUGAAGAGAUUCAAACACUUCUUUUAUGUGGGCUUGCUGUCAAAGGGUUACUAUUGACUCAAAAAUCGAAAUACGUAUGUAGAAGUCGCCGUUCAUCUUCGCGCACAGGAAGCAUGCUUAUCAAUGAAAUAUUUAACGAUCAUGAGAGCCGAUGUUAUGAACUUUUCAGAUUACAAGUCCCGGUUUUCAACAUGUUAUGUAGGGAUCUUGUUGCACAUUACGGGUUAAAGAAAUCACGUCGUGUAUCUAUUCAAGAGUCCCUUGGUAAGUUUUACAUUGUAGAUGCCGGAUAUCCAAAUACAAAAGGUUAUCUUGUUCCCUACAAAUGUUCAAACAUCCGUUAUCAUAUUCCUGAUUCUCGACGUGGACAGACUCGUGCCACGCGGGAACCAAAAGGCUUCAAAGAAAAAUUUAACUAUUAUCAUUCGUCACUUCGCAGUGUAAUUGAACGAAAUUUUGGAGUCUGGAAGGCUCGAUGGGUAUUACUAAGAGAUAUGCAUGUAAAUUUCACUACCACUACAAGAUAA